CUAUCAGGAAGUGACGCAGUGUUUGUUUACAGCCGAAUCUUUUGGAGCUACAUCUGCGGAGGUUUUAUUUGUUUCCACCGCAGCUUCUCCAUGGGGGGCCAUGGGGUUGUGGGGAACCAGCCUGACUCCAUAGACUACUCUGUGCAUGAAGCCUGGAAUGAAGCUACCAACGUUUACCUGCUGGUGAUCCUGGUCAGCUUCGGCCUGCUCAUCUACGCCAGGAAAAACAAGAGGAAGAUCAUGCGGAUCUUCACGCUGCCUCCCACCGUGGGCAGCAGCCCGGAGCCUAACUUCUACGACAGCCUGCAGAAGGUCCGCCUGCGGCAGCAGCUGGAGAUGUACUCUCUGGCCAGGAAGUUUGACCAGCAGCAGCAGCCAGAGAGCGUCCAGCUCUCCAUGGAAUGAGAGGAGGAGGUUUCACGCUUCCGAGGAUCCGGAACAGAUGGAGGCGGACUUCAGACGCUCCUUUUGAAGAGUUUUCCCAACUUCCCGCCUGCACACACUGCUGGAUGGAUGAAGGGACUUUUGCAGAAGCUUCCAGCUGUGCAGCGUUUCUCCACCUUUUAGGAAAAACGGCUUUAAAAAAACGUUAAGAGGGAAAAUCAGAAGGAGUUUAACAGACCUGAAUAUUUCGUUUAUUGUCAAAAUAUUAGAAUUUAGUAUUGGAAUGAUUGAAACUUUGCUGAGUAAUCAACCUUUAUUGCUAUUAUUUAAUCAAGUGUCAGUUUUUGAAUAUCUUAGUUCUUGAUGGUUGGACUGAAACGUCUCUAACAGGCUGGAUGCUGGGAGGGAAAACAGUGAUGCUGAUAUUCCAGUAGAGGAAUGAUGGGAAGCAUAAAGAAAAGCACAGGCAGAAACUAUUAACACACAUCUGUAACUGCUACUGUAUAGAAUAGAUAUAAAGGCAUCAUUUUGCUUUUCAGGUCAUGCAUAUCAAAUACAAGGUGUUUUCUAUUUCAUUGUGUUUGCUGAUAAAUGUAAAUGUUUAGCCAGGAAGG